AUGUGGAUGUUCUUACUUCGAACUGUAUGUACAGAGAAGAAAAAGGAAGUUUGGUUCUUAGUCAAUGGGACCCCCAUCCGAUAUUCACUCAGAGAACACACGCUGAUAUCUGGUUUAAACUGUCAGCGUUAUCCGCAUAACUAUGAACGGUUCGGCGGCUUAGAUUUUGCGAGAAGACAGUUUCCCCAAGGAAGUAGAAUGGCAUACGAAGAUGUGGAAGAGAAGCUGCGGCAAAUGGAAGCAUGUCCAGAUAGGUUGAAGAUGUGUGUACUCUACUUCUUAUCUAGCAUUCUUAUAGGAAAGAGCAGGACCGGAGAGAAAGCACCCUCCGUGGAGCCCUUUUUUGUAAGAGCUGUGAAUGAUCUUGAGAUGUGUAAGACGUUUCCUUGGGGAAGGUUAUCAUUUGAUCAAAAUAUGAGGGAUAUCGUACGUGCAAUGGAUCACUUUGGUGGAGUUGUCAGCAAAGGUGGGUUCACGUUUCCAAGUUUCUGUAAUUCUUUGGAGCUUCUACCGUUUGAGGCAAUUCCACAGUUGAAGAAGAAAUUUCGUGAACUUCGUAGAGGACGACGCACAGAGAGCAGUUGUCCUCGGAUGUGCAAGUCUCAGUACAUCCCAAGUGCCAUGACAGGAUUUCCACUUUCGGACAUAAAUAAAGCACUUGGCAAAACAAAGAUAAUUGAAAGUAUCUUGCUCCCGUCAGUUGACGAAGAAUCUAUGCUUGAGCGAAUCUUCGAAGAAGAAGAAGACCAUGAUGUCGGGGAUGUUAUUGUUGACGGUUGGACACAGCGUCUCGUCACGGGUCAUAAGUCAAUAUGGUUUGGAGAUUUGUACAAUCAAGAUGUGGCUGCUAGGAAACAGGGGUUAAACGUUGAUUUUCUAGAAGAGCCAGGCCGAGACGGGGUGAUGAAUAAAGACGAGAAGGAAGAUUAUAUACCGCUUCGAACUUUGAUUGAAGAAGGGUUGAAGAAUUCCGUAGACAAGGGGAUUAAGGUUGUAAUUGACAAGAUUGAUGAGGUGGAUAAAAGACUUAGAAAGGUAGAAGCUUUUGUGAAGGAAGCGAAAGGAAAGAGUGCAUCAACAAGGGAUGUCAAACCAUCGUUGGUUGAGCAGGAAUCAGAAGAGGUGGCUUUGGCAUCCACGGCGAAUGAUGAAGCUACUCGGAAGAGAAAAGCGUCGGAUGAUGUGAUCCAAAACAUGCGUGGUUAA